AGCGUAUCACGUGCCAGAUUCUUAAUGAAGUGGACAUACAGGGGCCCGGUGUGCGCAUGCGCUCGGUGUAAAAUGUAGUUGGAAAUGAGGUGUCCGUCUUGGAGUAGUCGACUUUUAAAAAGCAUCGGCAGCCCCUGAUAUGACGACUUCGCUGGUUCUGCAUCCACGCUGGGCGGACACCUUGAUGUACGUUUAUGAAAAAAGCCCGAAUGACAACAACCCGAAUAAAAGCCAAACAAUGGAGGGACUGAGCGGUAAUUGCCCUGCGACCCACUGCAGGGACCUGAUGUCGCACCCCGCGCUGGGACGACAUUCUGGCACCAUCGCGACCCACCAGGGCUCCGUCUACUCGGAUAUUUCCUCUCCGGACACCGGCCGGCAGUGUCCCGCUCCGCAGACAUCGUCAAGCGCCUCUUUGAGUUACGGUUAUCCCUUCGGAAACCCAUAUUACGGCUGCAGAUUAUCUCACUCGCACAACGUGAACUUGCAGCAGAAGCCCUGCUCGUACCAUCCCGCCGAGAAAUAUGCCGAGCCCAGCACAGCGCUGCCCACGGAGGAACUGUCGAGCCGGGCGAAAGAGUUCGCCUUCUACCCGAGUUUCGCCAGCUCGUAUCAGGCUGUCCCUGGAUAUCUCGACGUGUCGGUGGUGCCUAGUAUCAGUGGCCACCCUGAACCGCGGCACGACGCCCUGAUCCCCAUGGAGGGCUACCAGCACUGGGCUCUCUCCAAUGGCUGGGAUGGGCAGGUGUACUGCUCCAAAGACCAAACGCAGUCAAGUCAUCUUUGGAAAUCACCUUUCCCAGAUGUUGUUCCACUGCAGCCCGAGGUCAGCAGUUACCGUCGUGGGCGUAAAAAGCGCGUCCCGUACACUAAGAUCCAGCUGAAGGAGCUGGAGAAGGAGUACGCAGCCAGCAAGUUCAUCACCAAAGACAAGAGAAGGCGCAUCUCGGCCGGCACCAACCUCUCGGAGCGCCAGGUCACCAUCUGGUUCCAAAACCGGCGAGUCAAGGAGAAGAAAUUCGUCAGUAAAUCCAAGAGCAAUCACAUGCACACCACUUGAUGAGAUCGGCGACCUUCCACGUGCAACUCGUACCUUCCAAAAACAUCAUACCAUAUUUUACCUCCUGCAUCGAAAGCUGUGGCUGAAGAACAUUUUGGCUUUUUUUUCUUCCUUUUUUUUUCUCAUUUUCUUUGUAAUUUCAGUUCCAUCGCCUGCAUCGACCACGCCACCAUGCCCCCUGUUCUCAAGUUAGAGAUGAUGCUCUAAAAACUGUGAAAAUAUCCGAGAUUUCACUUCACAUUUCUUUUAUAUGAAUGUACAUAUAUAAAUAUAUAAUAUUUAAAAUAUCUGUAUUUCAAAGACAAGUAUUGCGUGUUCAUUUUUCUUCUCAUUCUUUUUUUCUUCCCCCAAAACUAAAUCUCAAAAGGAUUG